AUGUGUCUGAUCAAGAGAGUAACGACCAUCCACCCAGACGACCACUCCGACACCACAGAAACCUUUAGCCCAUGCAGCCACUCUGUCAACAACCGCCCAUGCGACAACACCGUCCUGGACAAGAUUACAGAGCGCGUGCCUAGCACAUCCUCACAACUGGCGCUUCGUCCCUCCUCUUCACGGCACAAAGAGGUCGUGCUGCACCAAGACACGCCUCGCCAUCGGCAACAACCGCGAGAGGAACGUCGGUACUCUGGAGAGAUUGGUGUGAGGUUCAGGGGUUUGUUCAAGUCGCCCGAGUUCAGUAUUCGCAGGAUGGACGACCGUGGCUCUGGAUCUGGUUCUGGUUCUCGUGGAAGUCGUGGCAGUGGUGAGAGCAGGAGGAUUUCAGGAGAAAUGAUGCCUGAAGCCCCUAUGCCGCCGCCACCUGCAUUCGUUCAUCAGUCGAACAGGAGGUCACCGCCGCCUUCCAUGCCGCCAACCCUCGUGUCUCCACCGAAUCGGCCCACUCCUCCUCAGGGUCCUGGCGCUGCUGCAGCGUUCACCACCAGAGAUACCAUUCCAUCGUCUUCGGGCACACCGAGCAGAACAACGUCAUCCAGGAGCAGAGAUGUGCACAGAGCAGUUCAAGGCCUGCCCCACUUGACUGUUCCCGCCAGCAGUUCAUCCGUCACAAGCAGACACCCUCGCUCCACACCUGGUCUAAGCCGUAUACGCUUCGAUCCCAGCACGAAAUUCCGCGAUUCAGCCUACGGCUCCAGCAACAUAUCUCCAAUUGACGCACCGAGAGCCAAUAACUUGUCGGACACCCGCAGCAACACUACCUCAGAGCGCAGCGCGAGUGAGAGAUACAACUACACCAACGACAAUGCAGUGACCACGAGAGAAGACUACGACAUUGAUGAAGAAGAUAAAAAGUCAAAUUCGUCAGCGGGUCGUAAGGAUUAUCGAAGUUAUGAGGGCGGCCGAGGAGUACCAGAGCCAGACGAGCGAGCAGGGUGA